AUGUCUGUAGAUAUCAAAUGGGAGAUAUUUACUUCCGGCGACGACGGAGCUGCGCUAGCCGAAAAGAUUCGAGCUUUCGUUCACGAGAAAUUCCAACAAAUUGCCUUGCCGCGCUUCAUAAAUGCCGUUCAUGUCCACGCCUUUGAAUUCGGCUCGACGUGUCCAGAGAUCGAGAUCAAGGACAUAUGCGAUCCGCUCCCGGACUUUUACGAGGAUGAGGACGAAAGCGAUGGAAAUGAUGCCCACGAACCGAGUGAGAAUAUACCCUCCGGCGAGGAUCUUCAUGCAACAGACGAUCAUCAUGGGAGCGCGAUUCUUCCACAUCAGCCACAGUCAAGACCUCGUUUAGCAGACAUAGCUGCUACUACGAAUCAGCAUGAUCUCCACCAUCAACUCACGUCCAGAGAACUCCUCACUGCAAACAUCGACCACCUUGGUGGCCCUUUUCCAAGAAGCACUACUCCCGGUAUACCAGGAGGUACCUCGAAUCUCAGCUACUUUCAUUUUCCUGGCGCUGCUCUGUCCGGAUCCCAGACACCCUUAGCAGCAGUUGCGAGCGGCACUCCGUUUACUCCCGGACCAUGGCCUAACGUUUUACCUCCAACGCCUUCAACACACCAAAGCAAUGUCCUACCAGUCCUAAGCCAUGGCCUGCACGCGCAAAGAGAAACUCAAGUUCAUGGCGAUCCCUCCACAAGACCCUCCACAGCGAACAGCCUUUCGUCCCCCCGUGAAUCCGAAUCUGGGCUCUCCUCUCCGCUACAGCAGGCGAACUAUCCCGAAAGAGAUCAUGAUGAUGAGUCGGCAUUAGAUGCAGUAGCACCCCUAUCUCCCAUGCGAAUAGAAAGCAGAAACCCGUCUGAUCUGCAGGUAGUGGCGAGAGUGAAAUACUCUGGAGAUGUCCGUAUGACUCUGACCGCCGAGAUAUUACUGGACUAUCCCAUGCCUAGCUUCGUUGGCAUUCCCCUCAAAUUGGCUAUCACUGGUAUGACCUUUGACGGCGUCGCAAUAGUCGCGAUGAUCAAGAGGAAGAUGCACUUUUGUUUUCUAGACGCCGACGAUGCUUCUGCUCUUGUGGGGGAAACGGUGCCGCCAGACCGGCACAAGACCACCCAUGGCAGGGAUGAAUCGAAGUCACACCUACCAGGACCUUUACGAGAGAUCUUCGUGGAGAGCGAAAUCGGCCGUCAAGAAGAUGGCAAGCAAGUGCUCAAGAAUGUGGGCAAGGUGGAAAAGUUUGUUCUUGAGCAGGUCCGAAAGAUUUUUGAAGAGGAGUUCGUCUUUCCGAGUUACUGGACAUUUCUUGUAUGA